GUCGCUGAAAAGUGCCUUCCUUGAAACUGGCCUCGCUACAGCUGCUUCGACCCCCGACUUGGGCUUUCCCUCACCUGCACUGCGAAGGGGAUCGAGAGCGCCCACCACCCGCAGCCGCCUUCGAGCCCUUCCACCUGCCCCCUUCUUUGGAAAGAAGACCCCCUCCGUUGCUGCUGCUCGGUGCGCGUGGGGCAUCUCGGCCAGCGGUUCAACCGCCAUCGCUUGUCUUUUCCCUCACCUUUUCCCAGUUGGUCCACUCGGUCAUCUUUGUGCCCCCUUCUUCUUCCCAACUAUGUAACAAACUCGAUCCUGUACAAAAAAGAAACGAAGAAGAAAGACAAAAACAAACAGAAGGAAAUAGAAAAAAAAGAGAAACAUUUCGGUGGUAUUAAUGCUUGCAGCUUUUGUAAAUGUUUCAGGCACAGGAUGAAAGGAUAGAAACUUGCUAAAGGUUUCUUUUCUGCCAAGAAACAAAAAAACAUAUUCCCCUCAGCCUGUACCGUUGCAGCUGUGUUUUCUUGGACUGACCUGGUUUUGUGCGAGGAUAGUUGAAACCCACAACUUGAGAGCACAGAAACCUGUGAGGACGCAGUAAUAGAGGAAUGCAAGUUGUUUUGAAAUAAUUUUGGCAGUGGCACAAAACAUUACAUAUAUAUAUACAUAAAUAUAUAUAUAUAUAUAUAUACAUAUAUAUAAAGACAUAUAUAAAUAUAUAACAUUUCUAUUUUAACUUUGACAAUUGCACUUUUAGGAGCUGGCCUCUAAUUUGAUUUUUUUAGUUAAUUCUGAUGAGAUUUCUAUUUUAUGAUUGGCUAAAAGUUUAACCUUUUCUUUUCAACAAGCAUAAUUUGAGUUCGAUGAAACCUAAGUGCUGACGAAUAGAAAUUUUACCAAAGCAACAAAGUUAUUUCUUCACAUUUUUAACUUGAAUUUCCUUUUGAUAAAGAAAUCCCCUCACAGACACAGACACACACACACUUUUCCCUUUCUUCAAAAGAAAUCUAUUCACCCGAAGAACAUUGUGUUCCCGCUGUUCCUAUCCUUUUUAACCCCCUUUGGGGGCAGUUUUUAAAAUAUGGCGCUGAACGUUUCCUUGGUUCGUGACACAAAAUGGCUGACGCUGGAAGUCUGUCGGGAGUUCCAGCGAGGAACCUGCUCUCGUUCUGACACAGAGUGCAAGUUUGCCCACCCUUCCCGGAGCUGCCAUGUGGAAAACGGACGCGUUAUCGCCUGCUUUGAUUCCCUGAAGGGUCGCUGCACUCGAGAAAACUGCAAAUACCUUCACCCUCCACCACACUUAAAAACACAACUUGAAAUCAAUGGGCGCAACAACCUGAUCCAGCAAAAGACAGCCGCUGCCAUGUUUGCACAGCAAAUGCAGUUUAUGGUCCCUGGAGCCCAGCUGCAGCCGAUCACGACGUUUCCCGUGACUCCUUCGCUUGCAACCAGCCCCACCAUGGCGUUCAGCCCCUACUUAAGCCACGUUUCUCCAGGGAUGGGUUUGAUGCCUGCAGAGCUCUUACCAAACACGCCCGUCCUGGUGUCCAGCAACCCCGCGGUUUCCAUACCCGGUGGCUCCGCGGGGCAGAAACUCAUGAGGACAGAUAAAUUGGAGGUGUGCCGAGAAUUUCAGCGUGGAAAUUGCACGCGGGGCGAGAACGACUGCCGCUACGCUCACCCAAUCGAUAUUGCCAUGAUUGACACGAACGAGAACACGGUCACGGUGUGCAUGGAUUACAUCAAAGGCCGAUGCUCCAGGGAGAAAUGCAAGUACUUUCACCCCCCUGCGCAUUUGCAAGCUAAAAUCAAGGCAGCUCAGCACCAGGUGAAUCAAACAGCCGCGACCGCAAUGGCAUUGCCACCUGGUGCCCUUCAACCUUUACCAAAGAGGCAAGCACUUGAAAAAAACAACGGUGCCACCACAGUCUUCAGCCCAAGCGUUUUUCACUACCAGCAGGCCCUUGCCAACAUGCAGUUGCAACAGCCUGCCUUUAUCCCAACAGGGUCUGUGCUGUGCAUGGCACCCGCAGGAAACGUUGUUCCCAUGAUGCACGGUGCUACGCCCACCACUGUUUCCGCAGCAACUACACCCGCCACCAGCGUUCCUUUCGCUGCAACAGCCAAUCAGAUCUCCCAGUUAUCAGUCGAUGAGCUGAACAGCAGCAUGUUUGUGUCCCAGAUGUAGAAGCCACACCACACGUCCUGUUGGCAUCCCGGAGAGAGAACAGUGGCACCCGCGGUGCGUCUUGUUUCCUCUUCCCUCCUGGCAGGAAGGUGAAGUGGGCUCUCUCUCUCUCUGCUUUCGGCCCCCUGUCCUUCCUCUCCGGCAUCGGCAGUAAGCCUACGGCAGCAUCCAUGUUAACCAAAAACUGAUCUGUGGGAAUGUCAAAAUGAUUUUUUUUAAAAAAGCACUCUAUCUAUAUAUAUAUAUAUAUACAAAAGCACUAUAUAUAUAUAUAUAUAUAUAUACACACACAAACAUAUAUACACACAGACACAAAGAUUAAGAAAGCAGUGCUCUGUUAUAUGAGACAUAGAAGUAGAGAACUAUAAAAUAGACUUUUAUAACACCUUACUUUAACACACUUUUUAAAAAGUGGGUUUUGGGUUUUGUUUUUGUUUUUUUCUCCUGUCUACCAUCAAGGCAAAAAGUGCUCUUGCACAGUGGACUUAACUAGGUUAAUUGUUCUAUCGUCAAUGGAUAAAUGUUCGUCUGUUUUUCAAAGUGUUAUCUUAAUGUUUUGUUUACAUCCUAGUCUUAUAUUGACUUUAUUUGGAGAGACGGAAAAAAAAGUUGUACGUCAUUAUCAAGUAUAUUCCACACCGUUUGUUUCACGAUUAUGAUAUCUUAGCAUUUUCAUAGAUGACCAUUGUUAUCAAUUUCCCUUUCCCUCUGCCCCUUUUUGAAACAAUAUGCUACAAAGGUUACAACGGGAAACAGGGAGGCCUUGCUUUAAAAAAAAAAAGGUAAAUGGAAAAUCUGAAGAUAUUCAGACGGUUGUAGGUAGAUUUCUGAUCAAUUUCUGAUUAGGUUGAUUUCUAAACAUUGCAAGUAAUGCAAAAGAAAAAAGAAAAGAAAACCUCCCACUUGUCCAAAAACAGGCCAGAAAGUAAAAUGGAUGAGGGACUAAAUGCUGAAGAAUUUUCACUGAAGGGCAGGAAGUAUUGGCAAGAGAAAAAAUGUUUCGGUUUUCAGUUACUAUUUUUUUCAGUAUGUGGCUCUCGACUUCUUAAUCCUUCAGUGACUAGAUUUUAAAGAAAUCAUGUUGAAGAUGAUUCUUUUUUAAAAAAAGAAGUGGUUUUUGUUUUUUUUUGCUUUUUUACCCUCAAAAUCAAAGUUAAUCUGUAAUAUAUACAGAAUAAAAAGAGAAACAUCCUUUCAAACAUGCAUAACCCAACCCUGUAUCUUAGAUCAGAUAAGUAGCGCCAAACAGAUGCCUCCGUUCUCCAUUAGCUUCUUCUCUUGCCAAUAAUAAUGUUAAUUAAUUAAAGGGCACUUAGAAAACCUACGCAUGGACAGCGUUUCCAUCUGUCAAUUGCCAAAGGCCGCGUUGCUUGGAACCGCCUGUGUAUUGCACCAAUACAUUAUAUCAUCCCAGGUUCUUGGGAAGAUCUGGGUGGAUAUGAAGGCCAACCCCAGCUAAAGAGCUGGCAGCUGCGAUUUCACAUCGCUGUGUAUAUAAUAAUAAUUUCCUGGCCUCCAAUCAUGUAGAGAAACAAAACAAGUCUUAACAGCUUUCCCAGAAAUUUUCAUAUUUUUUUUCUUCCUUCAAAUAGGUUAACGCUUUCCUGUCCGUAAGCCACUAAUUUACAAUUUAGGAUUUAGGGUCAGCAGGUAAUUCUGGAUGCAUUAGCCCUCAGAGCUGGCUCAUUUUAAUUCGUUGAGUUUGGCAUCUCCAUACAAAUUGUUGGGUGAAGAAUCAGCUGGUGCUCAGUUCUGAAACAUGAGAGUCUGUGGCCGUUUUUACUUUUGGGGGGUUAAUCAAGGGUGUCCAACCUUGACCACUUUAAGACCUGUGGGCUUCAAUUCCCAGAAUUCUCCAACUCUCCCAGGCUGAGGAAUUCUGGGAGUUAAAGUCCACAGGUUGGACACCCCUGGUGUAAGUUGAGAUACGCCUUUCCAAAAUUGGAACCCCAUAAAAUCCAGAAACAGGGACAUCUUGGAUGACACCCCUGAUUGAUGGAAACCAGCCUCUGGAAAACUAAGCCCUCUAAGUGCUACUUCAAAGGCCUCCCGAAAUAUUCAUCCAGCCCCUUGAAUUUGGCAUCCUGGCCCGUCUGAAUGUCCUUCGGGUUGCAGACUUCCUGUUUCCUGGCUUCGUAACCGAGUUAAUGGAG